GGGUGGGCCUCAGCUGGGCUGCGGGCCCGGAACUCGGGCUUCCCGGGUCGGCUCUGGUAGUGAUGCCCCAUGGAGGGGAGCAGCCCCUGUCGCUGGGUCUGGCCGAUAGCACGUUUCACUUCUGCAGUGGGGACUGAAAGUGCUGCAGCUGAGAGCGAGCGCAAGGCAGGAAUAGGAAUUCCUUUUGGGAUCAUCAGUCCUGUUCCUCUGGAAUCCAGCCCCGGAGAGUAGCCAGCAAGUCCCAGCAUGUUGCCCUGAGCCAGGCAGGGUCUGCUGAGUGUAGCAUGAUAGGACAGUUUAUUUCAGGCACGGAGCCCACAUGCUUAGAUAUAAAUAGUAAAAAUUUGAUUCCAUUCAAUGUAUUGGAUCUUUCUGCAGUGUGAGCACAUAGCCCACUUAGUGCUGAACAUCUGAGAUGGGCAACAUGAGCAAGAGUCCUGGGUUGUUUUCCUUUUCUAUUCAGUGCACCCAGCGACAGGGCUGGCAGAGCACCCUGUGUGCUGCUGGGGCUGCUGCCUGUGGAUGAGAUGGGCUGGACAUUUCUGUGUCUUCAUCUCCAGAACUUUUAACCUGUCUUCCAUAAUCCUGGUGGCUUCUACCUUUCUUCCUUAGUUCUUUGUGGAGGCUUUGACAUCGUGUGGAGACCGUACACCCUUUAUGUGGAGGUUCCACCCUUACUUGUGACCAAACACAAUGCUAAUUAAUGCCUGCAGCCACCUGCCUGUCACCAUCAUAUGGCCCGUUUCAGUAGAAGUAGUUAAAACUUGAGGAUGGAUUCCUUCUUUUUUUUUCCCUCUGAGGUCAGAUGUGGAUUAGUUUCUUUUCAGCUGAAGAGGUGCCAGACCCUUUGUGUAACUUUGUCAUCAUCUGGUUGGAAUGAAGCAGACAGGAACUGUGCAGAUCUGGCACUGUUACCGUAAGGUUGCCUCCCUGCUGCUGGGUAUAUACUUGUUGUUUUAGGUAACCCGUGGAAUGUGUGCGUUGCCUGCCAGCUCACAGAGCUGUGUUGCAUCUUCUCUAGCUACAACUUGCGUGGUGGGAGCUGCAACCUGGAUUUAAUGGCAAUUACUGUGUCUGGCCCAUGGGUAAAAUGUCCCGGUGCUCCUGGAAAGUAGAACUAUAGAUUGAAUGGAUGUUAGGACUUGUUGCUCAGCCUGUUAGUGUCCACUAACUCCUCUCACAGGUCAGCACCUGCCAUGCAAGUGACAGAAGAGUGUUUAGGAAGGAUGUUUCCAGGCCUUACAGCAGUCAGACCCCAGAGACGAGGGAGGCAACAGGCAAGAUUUCACCUUGGAAGUGAGUGGAUUUAUCAAGCACCAUUUCUGAUGGUUGUGUUCCUGUGUCCCUGAAGAGCCUUGAACAGAUUCAUUGUGUGGAUCACAACUUGCACUGAGAUGCAGAGCCCCUCACUCAGCACAGGGAAGGCAGGGCAGGACUUGCCUUAUCUGUCAGCCCUCCCUCUGGUUGCAGGCAGUGCCAUCAGGAAGGUCUGGGGCAGCUCUAACAGUGAGAUAGUAGCUGGUGGAGUUGGUGCACAGUGUGUUGGUUUGAGGUUGUGUGUCAUCAUGUCCUGUUAGCUGAACUUUAGGGGCUUUUUGGUCCUGCUCAUUUGGCUGCUCACCAGGACUAGUGGGAGCCCACUUAAGAUCACAUCCCUGAUGCUUCAAUACUCUCAGCAAUCCAUGCUGCUCUAGGAAUGAGGAAGUGGUUUAAAAAAAAAUUAACAAAAAACCCCACAAAAAAUAAUAAUAAAAAAAAACCCAAGUGUUGAGAUGAUACCACAAAGAACAAAUCAGUAGAAGAGUUUUUUUCACCCAAACUCUGGUCAAAUCCUUACGAAUAACAAACAGUGGCUGUUUGCUGCGUGGUGAAAGCAGAGUUUAUUCUUCAUAUCAACCUCAGCUGUUCAGUCCCCAAAUGUUAUGUAGUGCAAGUUUAUUGGUUGUGUGCUGUGUUUGCAGUAGGGACAGUAAAUGCCAAAUUGACAUAAGGCUUGCGUGUGCUAAGAUUUCCAUUGGGCUUGUUCUUCAGCUCUACAGAUGCAUUGUUUGUUUGAAACUUAGUUGAAGCUAUUUUGUGCGUGCUGCAGAAAUAUUAGAGCUAUUGCAGUAUAGACCUGAGCAGUACACGAGGGCACUCUCUCUGAGGUUCUGGGGCUUAGUAAUCAGCAGCUCUAAAACAGUGAUUAUUAAAGGAAAUUUAACUUCUUAGCGAUCUCAGAAGUGUGUUGCAAAAGUCUUCCCAGGGGAGAAGAGAUCUGAAGGCAUGCCUGAUCAUGCCUUCUCUGGGUAGCCUACCUAGCUGCCUCCUCCCCUUCCUGUUUCCACUUUGCUGCAAGGCAGCCCCUUGCUCUGCUGGUCAGCAGCAGUGUCUGCUUGGAAGGUUUUCCUUUUAGAAGGAACAAUCUGGAUGAGAUCAUCCUGAAGCUGCACAAGAUGCUGCUUUUACUGUUCUGCAGGUCUGGCGCUCACUCAGCUUUAACUUCGUGCAAGUUGUAGCAGCUUGAAUUUUAAAAUCUUGGGGACUCAGAUGUCUGGGGUUGGUGAAUACAGCUUCCGUGUUUCAGGUGUUAUUGCCCCGUAGCAAUUGGCAGAUGGGAGAUACGUUUCUCCCUCACUUGAAUGCAAAGAUCAGUACUUGAAAGUGAGCUGCAGAAGACAGCUGGUUCCGAAUUGCUUUGCCAGAAGGUGUGAGCAUGCCUUCCCUUUCACUGGCUGCCCUGGGACUGGAAGCUCAGAGGGAGCAGUGAGGCAGGAGGUGCCUUUCACUCAGACUAGACAUUACAUUGUAAAAAUGUUUCACUUUUUUUUCUUCUUUCUGAAACAAAGUUAGAAUGUUGAUCGUUUUUCUUUACACUGUGAGUCGGAGCGUGGGGCACACAUGAAUUUAUGUGAACACACACCUGCAGAGCAAGGUGAGCUCUUCCCACAACUGCUUUCCCAUUAGACAAGGAAAGAGAAGAUGGAUGGCCAGCAGUCGAGCCCCAGCAAGAGUAGAAAUUGGAGCAACAGGAGCAUCUCCUUUUGCAAGAAGAGCAGUCCUCACUGCUGUGGGCAUUGCUGGUGUGUGUGGGCUUUUAGUUGUAUUCAGGGGAACAGAACUCCUGUCACUUUGGAGAAAGCAGAUGUGUGAUGCUGAGUGAGAAUGCACUGCAUUUCAAAGGAACGUGUAAGAAAAUAGCCUGAAUGGCUUAAAUGCUGCUGCUUCCAUCCCUCCUGAAUAUACGUCUUCUAGUGGUGUCUGUGUUUGUUAUUUCCUCUAAGAAUUUUUUUUUAGAUUGCCAUUCACCGUGGAUCUAUGUAACUUUCCAUAGGAAAUGUUGUCAUCUGCGGCAGUUUUGAUCUCAUUUGCCAGCGAGGUAUUUUUGUUUAGUGCAACAAAUAGUGAUUCUUAGCUGCUUUUAAUGCUGAGGUUGGUGCAUGGGCAGCAGCUAUUCCAAAAGCAGCCAGAGCCAGCAGUCUCUCUGCCUUGAAAUUCAUUCUGGUGCCUUGUUCUUAGCUUUCCUUGUGUUUUGAAUUGCGGUGCUUGUAAUGAAUGUGCAGGCUGCUAGAAAAUCAAAGUUAAAAUGCAGAAUUUCAAUGAAAAAGGAUACCUUUUUUAAAGUACAGAGGUAGGAUUUUGUUGUUGUUGUCUUUUACUUUCUAAUGUGGGAUUAUGACUGUGCUGACAAAACCAUUUUUGAACCUUUCCUUACCACAUAUUGAGGCAGUGACUGUGCCCGUGGUACCAGCGGGUGAGCCAGUCCCUCGCUGUGCAUCCCUUGUGCUACUAAUGCAAACCAGUGCAGUGUCUUCUGGAGUCCCAGUGAACUUUUGCAGUGAGUUUAAUACGUACAAAAAUAGUUUCUGUAAUCACUCUUUCCUGCUUCUUUGUUUUGGUGAGCUCCAGUGACGCUGAAGAACACAGUCCCAGGAGCCUGCUGUGCUGCUGCUGGGGAACCCAGAGCUCUACUGCCUCAGCCUAGGCACCUUUGGGAAGGCUGCAAGAGCAAGGCUUGUUUAGGCUGGAAGACAAACGUGGGACGAUGUCGGAGGCACGGCAUGACAGCACGAGCAGUUUACAGCGCAAGAAGCCACCAUGGUUAAAAUUGGACAUCCCGGUGCCAGUGCCUGUGCCGGUGCCAGAAGAGCCAGUGCAGCCAACAAGACGCCAGACCUUUCUACGAAGUGUGAGCAUGCCUGCUGACAACAGCCGUGUGCCCUCCUUGCCUCAUGAAGUGAGGAGACCGGUGCUACAACGACAGACCUCAAUCACCCAGACCAUCAAGAGCAGACAGGUACGGUUUCAAAGGAGUCAGACCCUGCCUGUUCAGGGGAACCGGGUGGGCAGGAGUUCCCUGAGAAAGCGGCAGUCCUUGCCCCGAUCGUUUUUCAGAGGCACAGCUGACUGGUUUGGAGUAAGCAAAGACAGUGAUGCUACACAGAAAUGGCAGAGAAAGAGCCUUCGCCACUGCAGCCUGCGGUAUGGGAAGCUGAAACCUCAGGUCAUCCGGGAAAUGGACUUGCCCAGUCAGGACAAUAUUUCUCUAACAAGCACAGAAACCCCACCUCCACUAUAUGUUGGGCCCUGCCAGCUGGGCAUGCAGAAGAUCAUAGACCCUUUGGCCCGCGGCCGAGCUUUCCGAAUGGCUGACGACAGUGAUGGCUACAGCAUCCCCCACACACCCAUCACGCCAGGUGCCACGUCACUCUGCUCCUUCACCAGCUCACGCUCGGGCUUCAAUCGCCUCCCGCGACGGCGGAAACGGGAAUCUGUUGCCAAAAUGAGCUUCCGAGCAGCUGCGGCUCUGGUGAAGGGUCGCUCUGUGAAGGACAGCACACUGAGGAGAGCUCAGCGGCGCAGCUUCACCCCAGCAAGUUUCAUGGAGGAGGAUACAGUGGACUUUCCAGAUGAGCUCGACACUUCUUUCUUUGCUCGGGAAGGAGUCCUUCAUGAGGAGCUCUCUACUUACCCGGAUGAGGUGUUUGAGUCGCCAUCAGAAGCUGCGGUCAAAGAUACUGAAGUGAAACCUUUAGACCAGACAGAUCUCACAGGAGGUGCCUUGGACAAAAAUGAGCUUGAAAGAAGCCACUUGCUACUUCCACUGGAGCGAGGCUGGAGGAAACAGAAGGAUGGGGGCCUGGCACAACCCAAAGUCCGAUUGCGGCAGGAGGUGGUGAGUGUCAGCCCACAGAAGCGUGGGCAGCGCAUCGCCGUGCCGGUCAGGAAGCUUUUCGCCAAGGAGAAGCGGCCGUACGGCCUGGGGAUGGUGGGGAAGCUGACAAACCGUACCUACCGCAAGCGCAUCGACAGCUAUGUGAAGCGGCAGAUUGAGGACAUGGACGAUCACAGGCCCUUCUUCACAUACUGGGUCACCUUUGUGCAUUCGCUCAUCACCAUCCUUGCUGUGUGCAUCUAUGGCAUUGCCCCUGUGGGGUUCUCACAACAUGAAACUGUUGAUUCAGUUUUGCGAAACAGAGGGGUUUAUGAAAAUGUCAAAUAUGUUCAGCAGGAAAACUUCUGGAUCGGCCCCAGUUCAGAGGCUCUGAUCCACCUGGGGGCCAAGUUCUCACCAUGCAUGAGGCAGGACCAGCAAGUGCACAGCUUCAUUAAGGCCAAGCGUGAGAAGGAGAAGCACUCAGCAUGCUGUGUACGAAAUGACAAGUCCGGUUGCGUGCAGACUUCGGAGGAGGAGUGCUCAUCCACCCUGGCUGUGUGGGUAAAGUGGCCCCACCACUCCAGCACACCAAUGCUGGCAGGAAGCAAGAGGCAGUUUGGGUCUGUUUGUCAUCAGGACCCCAGGGUGUGUGAGCAGCCAGCCUCGAUGGAGCCACACGAGUGGCCAGACGACAUCACCAAAUGGCCGAUCUGCACAAAAAACAGUGCUGGGAAUUACACAAACCACCUUCACAUGGACUGCGUGAUUACAGGCAGGCCCUGCUGCAUUGGGACCAAAGGAAGGUGUGAAAUAACUUCCCGAGAGUAUUGUGAAUUUAUGCGGGGCUAUUUCCAUGAGGAGGCAACACUUUGCUCUCAGGUUCACUGCAUGGAUGACGUCUGUGGACUCCUCCCUUUCCUAAAUCCAGAAGUCCCUGACCAGUUCUACCGUCUCUGGCUCUCACUUUUCCUCCACGCUGGGAUCCUGCACUGUCUGGUUUCAGUCUGUUUCCAAAUGACGAUCCUGCGGGACCUAGAGAAGCUGGCAGGAUGGCAUCGCAUCUCUAUCAUCUACCUGCUCAGUGGCAUCACUGGGAACCUUGCCAGUGCAAUAUUUCUACCCUACAGAGCAGAGGUUGGCCCUGCAGGAUCCCAGUUUGGGAUUCUGGCUUGUCUCUUUGUGGAGCUCUUCCAGAGUUGGCAAAUCCUGGCACGGCCGUGGAGGGCUUUCUUCAAGCUGCUGGCUGUGGUGCUCUUUCUUUUUGCCUUUGGCCUCCUGCCUUGGAUCGAUAAUUUUGCUCACAUUUCAGGAUUCAUCAGUGGUUUCUUCCUCUCCUUUGCCUUCCUGCCCUACAUUAGCUUUGGGAAGUUCGAUUUGUAUAGGAAGCGAUGCCAAAUUAUUGUUUUCCAGCUCAUCUUCAUUGCACUCUUCUCAGGACUUGUGAUCCUAUUCUAUUUCUACCCCAUCAAGUGCGAGUGGUGUGAGUUCCUUACCUGUAUACCAUUCACGGACAAAUUCUGCGAGAAAUACGACCUGGAUGCACAGCUUCACUGAAAGGCAAAGACUGGCUUCUCGAGCAGGCACUGGAGAUGGACUGUCUUUGCAUUUGCUGUGCUAGUUCCACGUGGACGAAGCUUCUAAUCCAAUGACACUUCUAACCAGGGCUGUGGUUAAUUUAAACCAUCUCUAGCACUCAGCAGGCGUGGUUUGCCUUAUCUCAGAAGACUCUGAACAGAAUGUUGGUGCCUUGUUCAAUUGUAUUGAACCUCUUCUGCUGCCAUUAUUUUUAUUAUACUAGUUUCAAUACUACAUUUUUAACUAGAGUUAUUUACUACUGCUAAGGUGGUGAUUAAAUGGAAAGGUAGCGUUUUAGCUACUGCUAAUUGUUUUGCAUA